AUGAAAUCUGUUCUCUGCCUACUUCUCGCUCUUGCUGUUGCCCACGCUGCUGUUUUACCGUUUAAACCAAACUGUAUGACUGUUCUAUGUGCUAGCAAUGCAGUUUGUGCAGAUGGCACACCGGCCCCAACGCCUGCUUGGAGCUGUUGUCCAACUGCCCUUGCUUGCAAAGAUUUACUCAGCAUUCUCGCACCUAUUUCGAAUUGUGCCAAUGUUAUGUGUACUAUGGAUGUUAAAAUUUGUCCUGAUGGUUCACGUGCUCCAGUUCCAUUUGGCGAAUGUUGUCCAAGUCUUUCAGCUUGUAAACCAAUUAACACGGCACAGUAG